AUGGAGCCCCACAAUCGGCCAAUCGCUGGCGAAGCGUACGAACGCAGCAACACCACCAUCUCGACCAACACAUUCCAGAUCUGGGAAACGACCGUACGGUUGGCGCAGAUUCAAACGCUGAUCGAUAAGCUUUGUCUCGCGACCUGCCCGGAUGAGGCGAUGAUAUGCUUCCUGCAGGAAACGGACGGCCAGUCGAUGCUGGACAUCAUCUCCGACGAUGAAGAGGAGGACGAUACGGAACCACAGCAGCUUCGCGGCAAGAGCUAUCUCAAGCGCAUGAUACAGGAUAUGUACACGCGGCCCCAGAUGAUCGGCACGGUCAAAAUGAUCCUAUACCACUGUCUGACGACGAUGGCGGAAAAGCUAACGCAGGACAUAAAGUUCCGGUCGGAGAAUGCAGAAUUCUUCGACGAUCUAGAGCUGGUGCUUAGCCGCAUGACUGAUGAGGCGGCUGAAACUACCAAGCGUGAAAUUAUGCAGUACUUGUCGAUUGCGAAGAAACGGCUCGCCAGACGGAAACGGGUGCGAGAUCAGCAGCAGCAGCAACAGGAACAACGGCUGCAAAAUCAAGAACAGCAGCAGCAGCAGGAACCUUCACCGUCGUCGUCUUCUUCGUCCUCCUCCUCCUCUGCCUCGUCAUCCAAUUCCUCGGCAUCGACGCCUGACGCCUGUCGAGUGUCUCCACCGUAUGGAUCCUAG